CCUGUCCAAAAAUGCGUCAACCUUCUAUUUCCCGCGACUCGAUGCGCAACGAGCUCGUCGUUGUCUUUGGCGAGUUCUGUGGCACUUUCAUGUUCCUUCUCAUGUCUUAUAUUGGCACCCAAGCCGCCAUUGAUAAUAACUCACCAGGGAAUCCUGACGCACCUCUUUUUCCCUUUUCUCUAAUGUACAUUGCUGCUUCUUUUGGAACUGCUUUGGCUGUUAACGUAUGGGUGUUUUAUCGAGUUACAGGCGGAAUGUUUAAUCCGGCUGUUACUCUUGGGCUUGUUCUCGUCGGCGCAGUCAAGCCGCUCCGUGGCCUCUUAAUCCUUCCUACACAAAUUGUUGCUGGCAUUGCCGCCGCUGCAGUUACCGACGCCCUGCUGCCAGGCCCUCUCCUUGUAGCCAACAAGCUUUCUUCCGGCACCAGCAUCUCUCGCGGUCUUUUCAUCGAGAUGUUCCUCACAUCACAGCUCGUCAUCACGGUAUACUUCCUUGCUGUAGAGAAGCACCGAGCUACCUUCUUGGCCCCCCUGGGCAUCGGUCUCUCCGUCUUCAUCGCGCACCUUUGCGGCACAAACUUCACCGGAACGGGCAUCAACCCAGCUCGAUCAUUUGGUCCUUGUGUUGUCACCAGCUUCACGGGCUACCAGUGGAUUUAUUGGGCCGGACCGUUCAUGGGCGCCUUGCUCGCCUUUGCGGUCUAUAGCAUUCUCAAGUGGAUGGAGUACCACAACGCCAAUCCAGGCCAAGACGAUGAUAGC